AUGUCAAUAAUUUCAGUGGACGUUACUAACAUCGACAACUCCGUCACACAAGAAACGUUUGAAAAAUUGUUCCAGCACUACCACCCGACGGUAGUCAAACUCCACCACCCCCAUCAAAAGUUCUUUGUUCGUGUUUCUUCGCCAUCUGAAGCGACUCGCAUCAUUACAGAGGUCAACGGGAAGGAGAUGGGCGGAGUUAAAAUUAGUGUAACUCUCUCGAAGAAAGCGCCGAAUAUCAUCAGAGUGUCCGGCUUUGCGCACGACAAGAAGGUUUCAGACGUCAAGAGGCUUCUGAAGAAUUACAACUUCAAAACAGUCAAAUUGUGUAAGACAAAGAACUCGACGAUGGCGAAGGCCGAAAUCAUCGUGAAGAAGCGUGAAAUUGCGCUCAAAAUAGUCGAAGAGAUGGACAAGAAGAAAAUUGGGGAGAGCGAAAUAACAGUGAAACUCGACGACAAGAAAGAAAAGCAGAAAAUUGCAAAGAAAGAAAAGAAAGAAAAAUACCAAAAGAAGUUCAUCAGAAAAGAAAAAGGCGAAAAGAAGGACAAAAAAGACGCAACUCAAACAAUGAAGAGCCAAACCACACAAAAGUGUUUCAUAUGCGGAAGAGGCGGUCACAUCGCUUCAAAAUGUCCUGAGAAAAAACACGGAGGAGACAAAAAAGUCGAGAACAAAGGAAACAACGAGAAGAAGAAGUUCGGAGUGAAGAAGAAUGAGAAACAAAGUGUUAAAAGAACACUCACAACAAAGAAAUUUGGCGCGAAAAAACAGUGA